AAAGCUUCGUACCGGACUACGAAUCUUCACCAUUCAAGAAGAGAUAAUUGAAUCUACUGAUAUAUAUAGCUACGGAAACGCAAAUGGCACGUAUGGCUGCUCUGGUGCUGGCCCUGGCUCUGGCCUUGGUGAGCCUUGUGAGCCCUUGCCAAGGCGCCCUCCAGGCAGGCUUCUACAAGGGGAAGUGCGGGAAAGCUGACGUCGAGGGGGUGGUGCGACGUGUUGUGGUGGCUCAAUUCAACAAGGACCGUACCAUCACGGCGGCAUUGCUUCGCAUGCAGUUCCACGACUGCUUCGUAAAUGGAUGUGAUGCAUCGAUACUGCUUGAUGGGAAAAACAGUGAAAAGACUGCUUCUCCGAACUUGAGCGUGAGAGGGUACGAGAUCAUCGACGCUGCCAAGACUGCAGUGGAGGCCCUAUGCCCCGGAGUCAUCUCUUGCGCUGAUAUCAUCGUGAUGGCCACUCGGGACGCUGUGUCAUUGAGCGGAGGAGGGCAAUACCCGGUGCAGACUGGAAGGAAAGACGGGCUCGUAUCACUUGCCUCGAACGUCAAUCUUCCCGGCCCUUCAUUUUCUGUUUCGCAGGCCAUAUCUGCAUUUGCUCAGAAGGGACUCUCUGCAACAGACAUGGUCUUUCUUCUAGGAGGUCACACUGUCGGGGUUGCGCACUGCUCGUUCUUCCAAGACCGCCUCUACAACUUCCAGAACACCGGAAAGCCCGAUCCAACCAUGGACCCUGCCCUUGUCCGUACCCUCAGAUCGAGGUGCCCUGAGAAAUCUAAGGUCGAUAACACUGUGAACCUUGACCAGAACCAAUUGAGUGCAUUGACCGUCGACAACUCUUACUACAAACAGCUCCAGGCUCACCGGGGCAUCCUACAGAUUGACCAGGAGCUCGCUCUGGACAGGCUCACCAAUGCCACCGUGUCAAAGAUCGCCAAGAGCUUGGAUUUCUCAACCAAGUUUGGCGAGGCCAUGGUCAAGCUCGGAGCUCUCCAGAGCGGCUCACCCGGUGAGAUCCGGAAAUCUUGCCGUGCAGUCAAUCCAUCGAGGAGCAAGUGACUUCUUUCAAGAGCAACUUAAUAUUGAAGGAGUUCUGAUUAUUUUGUUAUCAAUUUCCUAUUCUAUUGCUGCUUUUGCUAAUUUUGAUUGAUCUUUGAAGUUCCUAUGUUGGAAAGAUGAUUGUAAUCAUGUUAUAUUAUCAUUUAAC